AUGGACAAACUACUGCGUCCUGAGACUUUUAGCGCCGACCCCUCUGCUGCCAACAGUUCCAAGGAGUGGGAGCACUGGAAAGCUAGGUUCGUGAAGUUCAUUGGAUCAAUCGCUAGCAUUACGGAGGCUAACAAACAGGACCUACUCGUAAACUAUGUAAGCACGGAGAUCUAUGCUCAUAUUUCGGAGACAGCUGAUUACACAGCUUCAAUUGCAGCAUUGGAGAGUGUCUUCAAUCCUAAGAGGAACGUCAUUUUUGCACGACACCUGCUUAACACUUGCAAGCAAGACUCCAAUACAGUGGACGCCUAUUACCAAAAACUCAAAUUUUUAGCCAAAGACUGCGUUUUCGGUGCAGUAAAUGAGGCUACACACCAAAAUGAAGCCAUAAGAGAGGCAUUUAUAGCUGGCCUACAGUCUCCUGGUAUACGUCAACGGGUAUUGGAAAGCGAGAAGACUGCAUUGUCAGACAUCUAUUCCUUAGCUAGAGGGCUAGAGGCAGCAAAGGUUCAGGCCCAAUCUUAUGUCAACCAAAGUUCAUCUCUCAACGCAAUUGUUAAUAACAAUGAAUCAGUGUCAGAUUCAGAAGGGUGUGCUAACCAUGAUGACAACUUUGUAGCAGCUGCCCCAUUUCAAUUCUCCUGUUAUUUCUGCGGUGGGCCCAAACCGCACACAAACAGACAGGCCUGUCCUGCUUUUAACUCUAACUGCAACGGUUGUGGAAUUCAGGGACAUUUCCAGAAAGUCUGCAAAGCCGGUCGCCAAUCUCAAGUUCGGGGCGGCAGUGCCCGCGGCAAGAAUCGACGUAACAAUCAAUAUCGUAGCUCUCAGAAUAUGACAUCAUCAGCAGUCCCUCACAGUAGCUCUCAAUCCCAAAACGGGACAUCAUCGGCUCUCCACAACCAUUAUCUUGCAGCUUCGCCUCCAUGCUUGUCCAAGAGUAUUACCAGAGUCCUUGUCAAUGGGAGAGAGCUUGAUGCCUUGGUAGAUUCUGGAAGUUCAGCAACUUUUCUCAGUAAUGCCAGUGUCCGGAAGCAUCAAUGGGACAUUAAUCGCGGAGACCAUGCACCUGUCAGUAUGGCCUCUUCAUCCCACAUCUCUCAUCCUGUCGGUCACUGUACAGUAGAUGUUCAUUUCAAUGGUGAAUUAUUACCAAAUCAAACGAUUGUGGUAAUGAAGGACUUAUGUGCUGAUAUGAUCAUAGGACUAGAUAUCCUUUCUGAUUACAAAUCCGUGACAUUGGAGUUUGGAGGCCACAAACCUCCUACUAUUGUAUCUGCAGCUGCUUGUCUCAUCAAAACACCUAAGCUCUUUGGACAAUUAGAGGGAGACAGCCACCCUAUAAGCAUCAAAUCAAGGAGAUAUUCUAACAUUGAUAAAACAUUUAUCAGAGUCGAGGUUAAAAAGCUGCUAGAAGCAGGAAUCAUUAAAGAGUGCGAGUCUCCAUGGAGAGCCCAGGUCCUGGUCCACCAAGGGAAUGAGAAUCACAAGAAACGCCUUGUCAUCGAUUACUCCCAAACGAUAAACAGAUUUACUAAAUUGGAUGCUUAUCCAGUCCCUCGAAUCGACGAGAUGGUAGAAGAUAUCUCAAAGCGCAAGUACUACAGUACACUUGAUCUCUCAUCUGCUUACCACCAGGUCCCUAUUGCCGAAGACGAGCAAGAAUAUACCGCUUUCGAAGCUGAUGGUAAGCUCUACUGUUUCAUGUUUAUCCUUUUCGGGGUGACUAACGGAGUGUCUGCCUUUCAAAGAACUGUCAACGAUAUCAUAGCUGCAGAACACCUAUCUGGUGUAUACGUAUAUGUUGAUAAUAUCACCAUCGUAGGCAUGACUAAGGAGGAGCAUGAUAAUAACCUAGCAGAAUUCCUUACAGCUGCUGCUAAGUACAAUCUUGAAUUUAAUGAUAGUAAAACAGUGUCCGGGGUCACUUCGAUUAAGCUUCUUGGAUAUCUUGUUAGUCAUAAUUCCAUAAAGCCCGAUCCUGACAGAAUACAACCUCUCCUGGGCAUGCCUGCACCCAACAAUGACAAAUCCUUAAAGAGUGUACUUUGCUUGUUCGCUCAUUACUCUAGGUGGGUCAAGAACUUUUCAGACAAGAUUCACCCCCUGUCUCAUGUCACUUCAUUUCCUCUCAAUGACAAACAGAUAAAAGCAUUUCAACUGUUAAAAUCUGAAAUUGCCAAAGCUGUCCUGGCCACGCCUGAUCCUAAUCUUCCUUUUACUCUAGAAACGGAUGCAUCAGACUAUGCAAUUGGCGCUACUCUCUGUCAAUCCACUCGACCGAUUGCAUUCUUUUCCAGAACUCUUAACUCAUCAGAGCGCAAUCAUCACUCAGUAGAGAAAGAAGCUUACGCUAUCGUGGAGGCAAUUCGUAAAUGGAAACACUACCUCCUAGGGUCCCAAUUCACUGUCAUCACGGAUCAACAGUCAGUUUCCUUCAUGUUCGGUCUCUUAAACCAUGGUAAAAUUAAGAACGAUAAAAUAACCCGUUGGAGGAUUGAGCUUUCGCCUUAUGCAUUUGACAUUAUGCACAGGCCUGGAAAAGAUAACCUUCCAGCCGAUGCUUUAUCUCGAUUAGUGUAUCCUCAUUGCUCAGCGAUCACUAGUCUAAAAGCCUUACAUGAUCAGCUUUGCCAUCCAGGAGUAACGCGUAUGUCCCACUUUGUUCGCUCUCGGAAUCUUCCUUUCUCUGUGGAAGAUAUUAAGAAAAUGACAAGAUCCUGCAGGGAUUGUGCCGAGGUUAAGCCACGCUAUUUUAAACCUCAACAGCCCCAGCAUCUUAUAAAAGCUACGGCCCCAUUUGAGCGAAACGGUCAAGUGGAGAAAUACAAUGGAACAGUGUGGAAGGCUGUACAAUUAGCCUUAAGGACGAGAAAACUUCCACUAAAACUUUGGGAGCAGGUGAUUACUGAUGCUUUACAUUCUAUACGGUCCCUCCUCUGCACUGCAACUAACGAUACCCCUCACGAACGUGUGUUUAAUUUUCCUCGUAAAUCAACAACUGGUAGCUCUCUUCCUGGGUGGCUAACAGAUAACUCUAAAGCACUAAUGAAACGUCACACCAAUCGAUCAAAGUACGAUCCUCUCGUAGAAGAAGUGGAGCUUCUGGACGUCAAUCCUAACACCAGUCAUGUCAGAACUGGAGAAGGGGUAGAGCUGACGGUCUCCAAUAAACACCUAGCUCCUAUUGGUGAUGAUUCCCGGCCUAAUGCUUAUGACAAUAUUGUGACUUCCGAUGUUCAUGACAGUAUUGUGCCUCCAGAUAAUGUGAUUAAUGAAAACGAAAGUAAUAAUGAGGCUGUAACCAAAACUAUUGACAAUCCUAUAAGACUGCGUAGAUCUGGUAGAGACAGAACUCCCACAGUGUUGUAUCCAUCACCUGAUAGCACGUCUACACCAGCCACCAGGUGGGUGUCCACGGACGCCUGGACGCCCUCAAUAGCCGCCUCUGGAAAGUUGAAACCCCUGCUACAGAAGGUAAAUGAGGGUGACUGUCUCAACCCCAAGACUAUAACAGAAGCAUAUGAAGAGAACAAGGUUGAGAAGAAGGAUGAGUACUUGGAGAGAGCGUUGAGUGUGGAGAUGGCCACCUACACCCCGGCUGUAUUUCUGAUCACAUCUGGAGGCAUGUCCAAAGAGGAUAAGCAGUUUAUCAACAGAUUAGCGGACCUCAUAGCCAGGAAAAGGAAGAAGAGAUAUUGUGACGUG